CCUGUGGCCAGAAAAGAUUUAGUUCAGAUAUGUGUAGCAGCUGUUAUGUUGUGGUUCAAAAUAUACAUACAUAGUAGAGCGUGUGACCGUCAAGGAGAAUAAACCGGACCAGACCUGAUAACCGAAAAAUUGAUUUGGUUCUCGAUAGAAAGCGGUUUGCCUUUCCAAUAUUUUGUGGCCAUUCAUUAUCUUCAUCAUUUCAGACACUCUCUCUGCAUUCAGCUCACAGAGAGAGAGAGAGAUGGCGAGUUCCAUUUCUUCAAUCUCAACACGUUUUUGUUUCAUCCCCAACAACAAUGGUAGUCACAAACCAAACCCAUGGCUCUAUCAACCAUCGAUAAGCUCGCACAGUCUCAUAUUCUAUUCAAAGCAUCAUCAUCGUCCACUAGCUUCUUCCCAGAUUCCCGUCGUAGAAACUGAUAAAGAAGACGACAAAGAUGACCCUACUUUCAGUGGUUGCAGAGGAUGCGGAAGAGAGGUGAAAGAGAGUGGUUGCAACGGCGAUGGGCGGAUUCAAGGAGGUAUUGCCACUGUCCCUGGCUUCGGUUGGUGGCCCAUUAAGGCUUACCGGCCUUGUCCCGGCUUUGUCGAGGCUGGAGGUAGAUACCGUCGCAUAGGGCAGAGCAUGGACGAGGUUGCCUUUGGUCGUGGUGACUCUAAAUCCUCCACCGAUUCCUAGCUAAGGAUAAGUAAAAAAAACAAGGCAAAGUCGUAGCAAGUUCAACAAAUGAAAUAUUCAAAGUCUUAAGUGCAUACCAAGAAAGACUUUUUCUUUUUCUUAUUUGUAAUCAAGAAAGACUUUCCAAUUCACAUUCACUAGACUUUCCGACAUCUAGAAAUGUUGGAUGAUUGUGGAUUGCGUUAUAUGUGAAGCUAAAAGACCCAAGCCCAAACUCAAAAAAGUUUAGCCCAUGGCGUACAAACACACACAUACACGUGCAUGGUUUAUAAGACGCAUCAGAAUCCAUUCCACGCGUUCAAGGUAAGUGUGAAGGAAUACAGAGACAAAACACGAAGCACCAUACACAUGGUUCAAAAGUCUCCUUGUCCGACAACCAACAUUAUCUAAUCUCUCCACUUCCGACACUCCACGUUGCCUUUUCUUUUUAUGAUGCCCCUGACAUUUUCUCCCUAAUUGGUUGUAUGGUCAGAAUCUCGCACAAAAGAACAAAAAGUUAUUGCCGACCAACCAACGAAAAAAUAAACUGUUGUAUCUCUCUCGAUAUGCUCAUGUUACACUUUUUAAUUAUGGAGUUCCAUUUUUCUUAACGCGUUUUCCUUUCUCUCGACUGAUAACUUGUCAA